AUGGCGGACCAGGAGCUCCACCCAUCAAUCCCUUCAUGUCUCCACUUGCUCUCUGCUCUCCUCUCUAUGGAGCCCACCGACUCUCUUAUCGCCUUGGCCCGGGUAUGCGGUGGAGGGUUGGUUACUGAGGAAGUGCAGAGGUUUGUUUGGGACCAUUGCAUAGCCAAAGAUGCCGGGAAGUUGCAUGCGCCUUACCUGAAGAAGUUUCUGAAGAAGCUCAUUGCUGAAGUUGAGCUGAACCACGGUGAUGUGCUGGAUGAGCUAUACGAACAGUAUGCUCAUUUCAUGGCUUCUUUGAAGGACAGUGAUUUUGAAAAAGGAAAUGCAAGGGUCUUCAAAUGCAUUUCAUUUCUUUUUCCUGAUGGUUGUUCUAAACUUUCGAGUUGUCCCAAGUCGAGGAAACUGAUGGCACCCCUGCAAUGUUCACUCAACAUGCUUGAAGGAGAUACAGGGUGCUCGGUUUGGCCAUCAAGUCUUUUUUUAUCGGAAUGUAUACUUUCUUUUCCAGAAUUAUUUUCUAAUAAGUCAUGCUUUGAGGUUGGCUCGGGCGUUGGUUUGGUUGGCAUCUGUCUUGCCCAUGUGAAAGCAUCCAAGGUGAUACUAACUGAUGGUGACCUGUCAACUUUAGCAAACAUGAAGGUCAAUCUGGGACUGAACCACUUCAGCAUUGAAACUGAUAUGUCAGAAACUACUGAAGAUCCAAAUAUGGUUAAAUGCCUUCAUAUGCCCUGGGAAUCUGUCUCAGAAAGUGAGCUUCAGAAACUCAAGCCAGACAUAAUUUUGGGUGCAGAUGUAAUAUACGACCCUGUAUGCCUCCCUCAUCUUGUUCGAAUUCUAGCCUUUCUACUAAACCCUAAGAAAUUGUAUCCUGAGAAGGGGAGUGGUAAUCACCUAGGCCUUUCAUUGGAAAGUAAAUGUACUGAUGGUAAGGUCAAUGGAACUCAUCAAGGGAGUGCUGGUAAUGGUGAUAAAUUCCAAGCUUUUCUACCCAAAAGAACAGAAAACGGUGCUACAAAUGCUGGAUUGAAGAAAGGCUCAAUGGCUUUUAUCGCUACUGUGAUCCGCAAGAUUGAGACAUUCGAUAAAUUCUGUGCUUUGAUAGACUCGGCUAACCUUACCAUCAAAGACCUAAGUGAUUCACUUAGGCCUUUCAAUUUGCUUCCCUACAUGCACUCAUAUGAUCGAACCGGUGUACGACUAUUUGCCAUCUCAUGCAAAUAG